AUCCAUGUGUUUGUUUAUCUUUCACAUAGGAGUGAAAUCAUGCAGUGUCUUUCUCUGUCUGGCUUAUUUCGAGGACUGGUUUUUCUUAUCUGUCCCUCUCCCACAUGGUUCAAGGUCAAUCUCUCACUCCCAGACAUAUUCUCAACCAUACUUGCUUAGCUUAGUGUGAUAGAAUUCCUAUUCCUGUCCUUCAUGCACCCUUUCAAUGCCUCUAGGUGAAAUGGAGGAGAAACACAAUGUAGCACUUUUGCUGUGUUUCUGAUCAUGUAUCUCUUUGCUAUCAGGACCUUCUGCUUAUCUCUUUUGGCACACCAAGAUCCUCCACACUCAUUUCACUCAUGCGACUUCAUAUACUGGUUAUCCAUGGUAUAGAAAACAGGAUAAAACUGAGAAGAGUUUGCCUUGAUUCCGAAGAGUUGUAGGAUAUCAGUUUGCAAUACCUUCAGUUUGGAGGUCUUAAAUAGUUUGGUUGGAAUGGAUAUUCCCUGAAAUAUAAGAAAUCAGGUUUAGAGGUUGUGAUAAAGAGGAUAUUGCAGUCUGACAUGAAGGAGGCUAACAGCUAUUGGCACCAAUCUUUUAAUCGACGUCAAUAUAGUAUCUGAUUAUUUAGUGGUAGUGGUGGUUGGGGGUGGGGAUCCUGACAAUAUCUCAUAGGAUAGCUAAAUAUUGUCAUACACACUUUUCAAGUUCUCCAUCUUCCUGAAAUAGGAAGUCUCUGGAUCCAAGUUAUAUCUGAUUCUCAUCGUCUAUGUUGCCAUAUUCUAUCCCUAUUCCUGAGCCCUCAGCUGUGAACCACCAUAUCAAGGAACUCCUCCUGGGCUUUGUUCCAUGCCUAGGUUGGCUGGACAAGUGCAAGCUCUGAUCCUGGGGCCAUGGCAUGUGAUGACAUACACUCCUUUUCCAUAUUCUGUAUGUCUCUAGGGGGAUGAGGAACUUGGCCAUGGAACCUUAUUAUAUGUUCUGAUUGCCUCGUUCAUGUUACCCGUGAGGCUUCCUUUGUUCCUGAAGUAGGCUACUUCCUGCUUCCUAGAACCAACCUUACAAGAAACAAAGAUAUAAACAAUGCCAAAUGGGAAACUGGAUCAUGCUUGGAACUCUCUCUGGACAAAGAACAAUACCUGGUACAGACUAAAGAUUGGAGGAGGGAAAGGAAAAGUGGGGUGAAAUUAUGGAAGGAAGCUGGCAGGCUCACAGUUUCUGUGCUGGCACAAUCAGCCUUUCUUCAUCCUCUUCCUGGAUGUAGGACUUGGUGCCAGAACCCUUGAGGCUUUCUCCAAGAAUAAAAGCAGGUGAAGCUGAGUGGUGCCCCCAUUUCAGGUUCUUGGGGACAGCCAAAAUGAUGUCCUUCGCCUCACUGCUCCUGGUGGGCAUCCUGUUCUCUGCCACCCAGGCCAAGCAAUUUACAAAAUGUGAGCUGUCCCAGGUGCUGAAAUCCAUGGAUGGCUAUAAAGGCGUCACUUUGCCUGAAUGGAUCUGUACCAUAUUUCAUAGCAGUGGUUAUGACACACAAACCAUAGUUAAAAAUAACGGCAAAACAGAAUAUGGACUCUUCCAGAUCAAUAAUAAAAUGUGGUGCAGGGACAACCAGAUCCUCCCAUCAAGGAACAUCUGUGGCAUCUCCUGUAACAAGUUCCUGGAUGAUGACCUUACUGAUGACGUGAUGUGUGCCAAGAAGAUCCUGGAUAGUGAAGGAAUUGACUACUGGUUGGCUCAUAAGCCCCUCUGCUCUGAGAAGCUGGAACAGUGGCUCUGCGAGGAGUUGUGAACGCCCCCUGUCUUUGCUGCUUCUGCCUUCUUUAUGUUCCUGCAAUUCCUCUUCCCUAAGGCUACCUCAGUUUGCUGCUUUCUACCUGCUUGAAGCUAAUUUGCCUCUAAGCCCUGGGCCCUAUAAUGACACCACUGGACACUUGAGGACUAUUCUUCAGGGAUGCAUGACUGGUGCACUGGAAUUUUGACCCUUGCUCAGUGCCCCCAAUGGCAUUUUCACUACAACAAUGGAUUCCACUUCUGUCCUGAAUAAAGGGCCUGAUUAUGA